ACUCCGCAAAUCAAAAAUCUUAUACAAAAACUCAAUGAAUGUCGCGAAGAGGAGAUACCAGAUAUAGUGGAUUCUGUUCGUGAAUGGAGCUAUCCGCGGGGAGAUCUUUUUCACUGGAUUGGUGUUUUGAAUCGUUUUGACACCAUUCUUGAGAAUAUAUGUCAAAUGUAUAAGCUUAAGAAAUUACAAACAUCAAAUUUUUCAGAAGGAACGCGCACAGUAUUGGUGGCGAUAUUGAAAUUUUCGCGAGUGUUAUUGGAAAACUGCACGAAUAGAAAUCUAUACAGUUCAUAUGAGCAUCUAAAUGACCUAUUGUACACAAGUGAUUUAGGUGUAUUAGAAAUUUUGUUAC